GACCACAGCUUCCUCCAGCCACCAUGGGGACAGGACCCGGCGUCUCCGGGCGCCGAGCGACAGCCAGGCUGGACUCCGACCUGCCCUCCCCAGACUGCCAGUCCCCCUGGGUCUGGGGUCACACCUGCAGCAGUGAGAGCCAGGUAUGCCAUCAUGCUGACUGCCAGCAGCUGCACCGCCAGGGACCCCUCAACCUGUGUGAGGCCUGUGACAGCAAGUUCCACAGUGCUAAGCAUUAUGACGGACAUGUUCGCUUCGACCUGCCUCCACAAGGCUCUGUCCUGGCACGGAACGUUUCCACCCGGUCCUGUCCCCCACGCACCAGCCCUGCUGCAGACCUAGAGGAAGAGGAGGAGAGCUUCGUGGAUGGAAGAGGGGACCGAAAGAGCACCGGCCUAAAGAUCUCCAAGAAGAAAGCAAGAAGGCGGCACACAGAUGACCCAAGCAAAGAGUGUUUCACCGUGAAAUUUGACCUCAACGUGGACAUUGAAACGGAAAUUGUGCCGGCCAUGAAGAAGAAGUCACUGGGGGAGGUGUUGCUACCUGUGUUUGAAAGGAAGGGCAUCUCCCUGGGUAAAGUGGACAUAUACCUGGACCAAUCCAACACACCUCUGUCCCUCACUUUUGAGGCCUACAGGUUUGGAGGACACUACCUGAGGGUCAAAGCCAAGCCAGGAGACGAGGGCAAAGUGGAGCAGGGAGUGAAGGACUCCAAGUCUCUCAGUCUGCCCAUCCUAAGGCCCACUGGGGCUGGGCCCCCGGUGACAGAGCGUGUGGACCCUCAGAGCCGCCGAGAGAAUAGUCUGGACAUCUUGGCCCCUGGCCGCCGCCGCAAGAACAUGUCUGAGUUCCUGGGGGAGACGAGCAUCCCCGGGCAGGAGCCCUCCACGCCUUCCAGCUGUUCUCUGCCUGUUGGCAGCAGUGGAGGCACCAGCAGUGGGAGCAACGAGAGCUGGAAGAACCGGGCAGCCAGUCGCUUCAGCGGUUUCUUCAGCUCCAGCCCCAGCACCAGUGCCUUUGGUCGGGAAGUGGACAAGAUGGAACAGCUGGAGAGCAAGCUACAUGCCUAUAGCCUCUUCGGGCUACCCAGGAUGCCCCGGAGGCUGCGUUUUGACCAUGAUUCCUGGGAGGAGGAGGAGGAGGAGGAGGAUGAGGAGGAUGAAGACAGUGCAAGCCUGCGGCUGGAGGACAGCUGGAGGGAGCUUAUUGAUGGGCAUGAGAAGCUGACCCGGCGGCAGUGCCACCAACAGGAGGCAGUGUGGGAGCUCCUGCACACGGAAGUCUCCUACAUCCGGAAGCUGCGUGUGAUCACCAGCCUGUUCCUGUGCUGCCUUCUUAACCUGCAAGAGUCGGGGCUCCUCCCUGAGAUCGCUCGGCUGCACCGCGGGCUGUGGGGCAGCGUGAUGGUGCCGGUGCUGGAGAAGGCGCGGCGCACGCGGGCGCUGCUGCAGCCUGGGGACUUUCUCAAAGGCUUCAAGAUGUUCGGCUCGCUCUUCAAGCCCUACAUCCGAUACUGCAUGGAGGAGGAGGGCUGCAUGGAGUACAUGCGCGGCCUACUGCGUGACAACGACCUGUUCCGCGCCUACGUCACGUGGGCUGAGAAGCACCAGCAGUGUCAGCGGCUGAAGCUGAGCGACAUGCUGGCCAAGCCCCACCAGCGACUCACCAAAUACCCACUGCUGCUCAAGUCAGUGCUGAGGAAGACUGACGAGCCCCGCGCCAAGGAAGCAGUGAUCACCAUGAUCGGCUCCGUGGAACGCUUCAUCCACCACGUGAACGCGUGCAUGCGGCAGCGUCAGGAGCGCCAGCGGCUGGCAGGGGUGGUGAGCCGGAUCGAUGCCUACGAGGUGGUGGAGGGCAGCAAUGACGAGGUCGAUAAGCUCUUGAAGGAAUUUUUACAUCUGGACCUGACAGCACCCAUGCCUGGCGCCUCCCCUGAAGAGACUCGGCAGCUGCUGCUGGAAGGGAGCUUGAGGAUGAAGGAGGGGAGAGACAGCAAGAUGGAUGUGUAUUGUUUCCUGUUCACUGACCUACUCUUGGUAACCAAGGCUGUGAAGAAAGCAGAGAGAACCAAGGUCAUCAGGCCACCACUGCUGGUGGACAAGAUCGUGUGCCGGGAGCUUCGGGACCCUGGCUCCUUCCUCCUCAUCUACCUGAGUGAGUUCCACAGUGCUGUGGGGGCAUACACAUUCCAGGCCAGCAGCCAGGCCUUAUGCCGAAGCUGGGUGGACACUAUUUACAAUGCACAGAACCAGCUGCAGCAGCUGCGUGCACAGCAUCCAGGCGGCCAGCCCCUGCGGAGCCUGGACGAGGAGGGUGAGGACAGCAGUGCCUCAGCUGCCAGCUCCCCCACCAUCCUGCGGAAGAGCAGCGACAGCCUCAACUCUCAGCACGGUGCCUCAGAUGGUUCCACAGAGACCCUGGCCAUGGUUGUGAUAGAGCCCGGGGAGACGCUGUCAUCUCCGGAGUUUGACCGCGGUCCCUUCAGCUCCCAGUCAGACGAGACUUCCCUCAGUACCAUUGCUUCAUCCAUUACUCCCACUAGCGAGCUGCUGCCUCUGGGCCCAGUGGACGGCCGAUCUUGCUCCAUGGACUCUGCCUAUGGCACCCUGUCUCCCACUUCUUUGCAAGACUUUGCAGCUCCACCCCCUGUGGUAGAGCCACCGGUGCCUGUGCCCCAGCCCGUGGAGUUACCACAGACCCCCUCAUCUCCGUCCUCUCCCCGCCUCCGCCGCCGUACUCCUGUCCAGCUGCUCCCCCGUCUCCCCCAGCUGCUCAAAUCCAAAUCUGAGGCUAGCCUCCUGCAGUUGCUGUCAGGGGCCGCCGCCCACGCAGCGCCCCCAGCCCCUAGCCGCAGUCUGUCAGAACUGUGCCUGAUCUCUGUGGCCCCUGGGGUGAGGACUCGGAGCUCCCUUCAGGAGGGUGGGCCUGGCUGGAAUUGCCCAGGGGCAUGUGGCACCGGCUGUGGCUCUGAAUUGUCACAACCUGAGAAAAGUGUCAGCAGCUUGACUGGGGGACCUACAGAUCCUGCCAGGAGAGAAACGCCCUUGGAGGCUGCUCCCAGCGUGCAGCCUGAGCCUCCCCCAGGGAUCUCCGUUCAGCACAGGAAGCUGACCCUGGCCCAGCUCUAUCGGAUCAGGACCACCUUGCUGCUUAACUCCACGCUCACUGCCUCGUGAGUGGCCCGGCUGGGGGAGGAGCGGAUGGAUGACUCAGUGCCCAGGUGUGGGUAGUACCGAGUCUUGGGAGUAGGUAGUGCAGCAGCCAUGACUGCAAGCAUCAGCAAUUGGGGAUGGAGUGGUGAAAAGGGGCUUCAGACCUGUCCCAGUCAGGUGGGGGUGUCUAGCAGGCAGCAGUGAAGGGGACAAAGGACCGUGGUGGAGAGGAAGGUCAGCUAAAGCCAUUUUGUGAAUGGCUUCCACCAAGGAUGGACUUUCUCCCCACCCC